AUGAAGUACAAUGAUCAUUGGAAGAAGGACUUGGAAGUCAGUGAUGGUGCCUCUCUGGGAAUUGCUCUCUCCAUCUACAAUGCCUCCAACCUGGAAUUCUUGGGCUUCAAGUCCCUGCGCUAUGUGGACACGGACGCCUACCUGGAACUUCUGCCCUCCCUCUGUUACCUUUCCGGUUUGCAGCAGAUCCUGCCGGUGCGGACCAAAGAAGUCAAGCCGCAGACAACUUGUUGCAUUGUUUUCGGUGAAAAGGGCAUGGGGAUGGGAUGGGGCACUCUGGGUGAUGGUGAGUCGGAAAUUAAUAAUUAA